AAUUAUAUUAAUAAAUGGAUUCAAAAUAUAACAAAAAUACAUCUCAGUACUUUGGAGCCACCCCGUGGUGACGUCAGAGCAGGAGAAGAUGGCGGUGGUGCUGAAGGCGGAAGCGGAACAAAGCAGGGAGCAGUGAUGUUCCCGAUCCAUCGUCAUGAGCACCAAGAAGAUGGUUUCCACGGAAACAGACAGACAGGUGAACAUGAAGGUGUUUGUACCUCACAAGCUGGCUGAAUGCAUUCCUCGCUCCACCAGCCUGCCUAAAGAACGCCUGCGAUGGAACUCUAACGAGGAAAUUGCUUCUUUUCUAAUUUCCUUCGAGAAACACGAAGAGUGGCUCUCCUACACCUUAAAAACCAGACCGGCCAAUGGCAGCAUCAUAUUAUACAACAGGAAGAAGGUGAAGUACAGGAAAGAUGGCUACUGCUGGAAGAAACGCAAGGAUGGAAAAACCACCAGGGAAGACCACAUGAAACUCAAAGUCCAGGGCAUAGAGUGUCUCUACGGUUGCUAUGUCCAUUCCUCCAUCGUGCCAACAUUCCAUAGACGAUGUUACUGGUUGCUACAGAAUCCAGACAUCGUAUUGGUCCACUACCUUAACGUGCCAUCACUAGAGGAUUCUGGUAAAUGCGGUCCGUUGCUGUGUGCGGUGUCGGACCGCCAUGACAGUCUGCGCUGGAGCAGAGAAGACCUCGUCAACCAGCUGAAACCCAUGUUCCACAGCAUGAAGUGGACGCUGGGCUCCCAUGUGGGCGCCUCCGUGGACCUGAGUGUGGAGCAGCUGGUCCAACACAUCCUGGACCGCCAGCAGACCAAACCACAGCCCCGAACACACAGCUGUCUCUGUACCAACACCCUGGUGUCCCCUGGGGGGGCUGAGAUCCCCCAUCGAUGUAACAGCACCAAGCAUCGCAUCAUCUCCCCCAAACUCCCCCCGUCCCCCCUCCCUUCUGAGUCCGGCGAUGGUGGAGGGGGAGAGAACAGACCCCCCCACUUGCAGAUCCAGCGCAGCCCCCGACCGACCAAUGAGAUACCUCUGACCUCCUCCCCCCCCUCCAGCUCCUCCCCACCCCCACCUCGGCUCUCAACGGCGACCGUUGCCGUGAGCAACCAUUAUUAUGGCGAGCAGAACAACGGGGUGACGACCAUGGCGCUGCCUCAGAACGCCGUUAUCGUCAUGGCAACAACAACCACGACGACGGCGGGGGCGGCCGCAGCCCUCUCUGGGAAGGGGUGCGGCCCCCCUCCCUCCCCUCCCCCCGCCUCCAGCCUCUCGCUCACACUCCUCCCCUCUCCUGUGAUGGGAGGUCUGCUCCUCACCCCCUCCCCCACCCCGUCCCCGGCCCCCCCUCCCUUCGACCCCGACGCGUUCCUCAACUUCCCCAAGCAGGGUCAGACCUACGGCGGGCCCACCUCCUCCCUCACCCCUUCCACUCCCCCUUCCUCCCCUCCCCUCUCCCUCUCCUCGCUCUCCUCGGCCGAAGCAGAGAGGCCUCCUCCCGCCCUCCUCCCGUUCUGCGUGGAGCUGACCCCCUGCCGGGAGGAGGACACCCUGCCACCCCUCCAGCCAAGCCACGCCUCCACGGGCUCAACACAACGGCAACCGCCCCAAAGCACCACCGACCCACCACUGGGUCAGAAUGGACAUGGUCCGCCCACUCAGCUCCCGGUGGCCAAUCAGACACAGCCAACCAGAGACCUUUGUUCCUCCUCCUUGGCAACCGCACCAAUAGUCACGCCUCCUUCUCAGAUGACCCUGCCCCCUUCUCCAGCGACCAAUCAGCAUCUUCUCCACGGCCAGGAGAGGGCGAUGGAGAGGGAAGAGACCAGGGAGCGCGGAGCCAAUUCUCCAAGUCAGGCUAGCCUGCAUGCUAAUCCCCAAACCAUGGUUAUUCCCCAUGCUAGCCCCGGCCUUGCUAACCCACAAACCCUGCUUCGCCCACAUGUAAUACCCCAAACUAUGGUAAGCCCCCAUGAUAACACUGGCCUUGCUAACCCCCAAACCAUGGACAGCCCCUAUGCUAACACAAGCCUUGCUAACCCCCACACCAUGGACAGCCCCUAUGCUAACGCAAGCCUUGCUAACCCCCACACCAUGGACAGCCCCUACGCUAGCACUCGCUUGGCUAACCCCCAAACCAUGAUAAGCCCUCAUUCUUGCACUAGCCUGGCUAAUCCCCCAACCAUGGCUAGCCCACAUGCUAGCAGUAGCAACCCGGUUCAGGUGAAGGAGGAGAAGGGGCGGGAGCUGGACUGUGAGGACACGCCCAUGGAUACGCACUCGGCCACAGAAGAGGAGGAGCGGGGCGGAGGGGAGGAGCUAGAGCUGUCGUUUGACAGCCAGUUCCCCGACCUCAUCUCGGAGCUCAUCACAGGGGUGGCCCCGCCCCCUAGCCCUGGCCCCGCCCCCGCCCCCGGACCUGCUCCCCCAGGAGUCUUCCCCUCGGGGGUCCGCUACAUGGUGCCCCCCCAACCAUCCCCCUCCUCAUCGUUUCUCUCCUUCCCCCUCCUUCCCUCCUCCUCCUCCUCCUCUUCCUCCUCCUCCUCCUCCUCCUCCUCCUCACGCCUGGCUGUCAUCACAGACUUCUCCCCAGACUGGUCCUACCCAGAGGGGGGUGUGAAGGUGCUGAUCACCGGGCCCUGGGGGGACCUGAGUGGACGUUACUCCUGUCUGUUCGACCAGAGCUCUGUCCCGGCCUCACUGAUCCAACCGGGAGUACUGCGCUGCUACUGCCCAGCCCACGAGGCUGGUCUGGUGUCUCAGGUGGUGGAGUCUGGAGGCGCCGUCUCCUCGUCAGUGCUGUUUGAGUACCGGGCCCGGAACACCACCUCUCUGCCCAGCUCCCAGCUGGACUGGCUGUCCCUGGACGACAACCAGUUUAGGAUGUCCAUCUUGGAGAGGCUGGAGCAUAUGGAGCGACGCAUGGCUCAGAUGGCCUCCCGCGACCAGCAGCACCCCCAGCACCAGCGGCAGCUCAGUACACAAGAGCAGAGCCAGGGCUUCGAGAGGCGUUUGGUCACAGUGUGUGAACAGAUGAUGAGGAUGGGAGGAGGAGGAGAGAGGCUUCAUCAUUCUGUCCGUCACCGAGGGAUGACCCUCCUUCACCUGGCCGCCGCCCAGGGAUACACACACCUGAUCCACACGCUGAUCUCCUGGAGGAGUGUCACCAGGGACAGUCUGGACCUGGAGGAGGAGGUCGACCCUCUCAACGUAGACCACUUCUCCUGCACCCCUCUGAUGUGGGCCUGUGCUCUGGGCCACCAGGGCGCGGCGGAGGUGCUUUACCGCUGGGACAGCUCCGCCCUGGGACGCCCCGACUCGCUGGGCCGCCUCCCCCUGGCGGUGGCGCGGUCCCGGGGCCACACGCGCCUCGCCACCUCCCUGGAGGACCUGCACACCCAGCUCCCCCUGUCCCCCCUCUCCACCAGUCCAGACACAGGUCUGAGUUCAGCCAGUAGCCUGGCUUCUCCUGCUGACCCCGCCUCCCCGUCUCCGAGCUCCGCCUACUCCAGCGCCCCCACACCCAUGGACACCUCCUCCCCCCCCACUCCUCCCCCCUCCCAGCCUCUCUCCUUCCUCCUCCCCCCGAGCCAGCUGUGGGCCAACACAGCGCAGCAAUCACAGUGUUUGAAUCCUACGGUAAUGAUGGACUACGAGAGCAGUUUGUCCCCGUCUCCACUGGAGGACGGCCUUCUGACCAACAGCGGGAACCCUGAGAACCACGACGAGGAAGAGGAGGAAGAGGAGCUGACCAAGGAGCUACUACAGGUGGACAUGGCACUGCUGGCGGAGCAGAUCGUCGAGGCGACCCCGGAGCGAAUCAAACGGGAGGAUUUCGCCAGGGGGGCGGAGUCACCCCUCGCCUCCCCCCCAGACCCGUGGCUGGCGACCUACCUGGCAACCAUGGAAACGCCCCCGCCGAGGCGUGUGUGCCCCCCCUCUCCCUUCAGCGCCCUGGCUCUUCAGAAGUUAAGGCCGCCCUCCUCGGCCACGUGGGCGGAGUUCCUCAAUGCCUCGACCAAUGGGAGGAUGGAGAGGGACUUUGCUCUGUUGACUCUGAGUGACAGCGAGCAGAGGGAGCUGUAUGAGGCAGCCAGGAUCAUCCAGACCGCCUUCCGGCGCUACAAGGGUCGGAGGUUAAAGGAGCAGCAGGACAUGGCUGCUGCUGUUAUCCAGAGAUGCUACAGGAAAUAUAAGCAGCUAACAUGGAUAGCAUUGAAGUACGCUCUGUAUAAGAAGAUGACCCAGGCGGCCAUCCUCAUUCAGUCCAAGUUCCGGUCGUACUACGAGCAGAAACGCUUCCAGCAGAGUCGAAGAGCAGCCGUCCUCAUCCAGCAGUACUACCGCAGCUACAAGGAGUAUGAACGCCUUAAACAAGGACCACACAACCCCCGCCUCAAGGGGUCGUUCCUCACUAAGAAGCAGGACCAGGCCGCCAGGAAAAUCAUGCGGUUCCUACGACGCUGCAGGAACAGGAUAAAGGAAUUGAAGCAGAUGAAAGAGUUGGAGCGAAGAGGACUGACCACCUGAUACCACAAUAUUAAUAUUACAAAUUUAUAUUAAUUUGUUAAAUGACUAAUAAUAAUAAUCAUAAUAAUAUUACUUAUUAUACUAAUAAUAAUCAUAAUAAUAAUAAUUGGUAUAGUAUGACCAAUAUUAUAUUAUUAUUUUUGUUUAUUAUAAUAAUGAAUACACUAUAUCUAUAGUAUAUACUACAAGAGAUAUAUACUAUAGAUAUCUAUGAUGUAGAUAUAUAUAGAUAUAUAAUAUAUAGAGACUAUGUGUGUUGUUUACAGCAUGAGUGUGUGUGUGUGUGUGUGUGUGCGUGCGUGUGUACAUGCACGUGUAUCCGUGUACAUGUGAACAUGUGUAUAUGUUGUGUACAUGGUGAAACAUCCCUCAGCAAUGAAAUUGUCAGGAUACAGAUUGUUCUUCUGAUUGGCAAGCUCAUCAUUACUUUGUUCUGAUUUGCUAGCUGAUCAUUGCUGUGUUCUGAUUCGCUAGCUCAUCAUGACCUUGUUCUGAUUGGCUAGCUGAUCAUUGCUGUGUUCUAAUGAACUUGCUCAUUACUUUGUUCUGAUUGGCUAGUUCAUCAUUACUGUUUUGCUUAUUGGUUCUAGCUCAUCAUUACUGUUAGCUGAUUGGCUAGCUGAUCACUACUGUUCGCUGAUUGGCUAGCUCAUCAUUACUGUUUUGCUGAUUGGCUAGCUCAUCAUUACUGUUAGCUGAUUGGCUAGCUCAUCAUUACUGUUAGCUGAUUGGCUAGCUGAUCACUACUGUUUGCUGAUUGGCUAGCUCAUCAUUACGUUUUUUUGAUUGGCUAGCUCAUCAGUACUGCGUUCCUAUUUGCUGGAUCAUAAUUACUGUUUAUUGAUUGGCUAGCUCAUCAAUACUGUUUUGUGAUUGGCCAGCUUGUCAUUAGCUAGCUUGUUUGAGGCCGGACUCUAUCAGAUGACCAGCCAAUGCAACAUGCUAGCGGCGCAAGCUAGCUGAAAGAAGACUCUGUUCUCAGUACGGUUGGAAGGCGAGCAUACUGUUGGAAUUCUUAUAAUUAAUUUAUCAAUUCCAACCGACUAACAGUAAGCCUUAAACUAACGGUUUUCACAUGACUAACAGUUAGGCUACAAACUAACAGGCUUUCUUCAAAUCAGCUAACUUGUUCCCUAAUUCCAUGUUCCCUUUAAAGUGAACACUAUACAGUACACUAUUUAGGGUAUAGGGAGAAUACGGACAAGAAUUAAACACCGGGAAUCCAUCGGUGUGACGUCACAUAAACAAGCCUGAUGACAAUGAAAACUGCUAUGCAUCAUGGGAUACAGUGCGAACAUAUGUGAGAAUCAGUUGUAUACUUUUUUUGAGGUCCAUAUUUGGUGUUAAGUAGUGCACUAUAUAGGAAAACCAGAUUUGUACGGUCCCAUUUCAGCCAAUACAACACAGAAGAUACAAAUUGGUUACACAUUAAAGGGCCCCUAUGGUUAGCCAUUACAAGCCGUUUCAAAAUCUGCCCCGCCCUGGGACUUGGUGAACUCACAAGUGGAGACGUCCCUUUAGCUCUAUUGUGGGUAGAUAAGCCUAAUGGUACACUGAUCUAUCCAGCGUAUAUCCAGGUGGACGCUCCCACUCGUGGUGUCACCAAGUCCCAGGGCAGGGCAGAUCUCUAAACGGCUUGUGAUUGUAAACAACAGCAGACUAGCAGCUCGCUAGAAGACCAGCAGCCAGCUGUCAGACUAGCGGCUGUCUAGCUGACUAUCAGCCGGUGUGUCUGGCUCACCAGAGCUGGGGAGGACUUGGUUCUGGCUGUGAGGAACGCGGAGAGAAGAGGUGUAAAUACUGUAGAUAGCUUUAGUCUCCCGUUGGUCCCAGCACUUCUUAAACUUGUUCCUUUUGUUCCACAGAGUGGCUGUUAUAUUCCAUAUAUCCGAAUAACAUCAGAUCAAAUGAGAAAUAUAUAUAUAUAUAUAUAUAUAUAUAUAUAUAUAUAUAUAUAUAUAAAUAUAUAUAUAGCUACUAUUGUUGGAGUGAUGCCUUGCAUGCAUUUGUAUCGUUUUUGCAUUUUAAAAACCGUGAAGAGAUAUGAAUCCAGUGUCAACUGAAAUUAUUAAUCUUUUUUUGCUGUUUGCAUUUUGCCGUUUGUGUAGACAGUUACUGUAAUUUAUUUAUGAGGUUGUCACGGCAACCGCUGCAUUAUAACGAGCCUAUCUUUGUAAACAAAUAAAUGUUCUUGAAACAUAUGAUCUGGUCCCAUGUCACCAAAGAAACAAUCGUACAAAGGUAUGAGGGGUGGGUGGGGUCAGGCCAGACAUUCUGGUGGACUCAAAACGUUACUUUACCAAGUCAGUGUAAUCUGAGUGGAAGGGAAUUAAUGGUACCGUCCAGCAGAGGGCGCCAUAUCGUAUCGUCUAUAGACGACACAUCCACUGUUCAGCUCGUUGUCAUUUUACAGUAUGGGUUUAUAGUCUACACAUCCAUUAUGUGGUGCUCAUGUUCAUUAUAUAGUGUAUUGUCUAAUCUAUACACCUAUGUUAUGUUCAUGUUCAUUGUAUGGCGUAUGGUCUAAACAUAUAAACAAUAACUACAGAGAAGGGUCAUUAAGGAGCAGGUAGGGGUUAGACGGUACAGAGACGGGUCAUCAAGGAGCAGGUAAGACAGUACAGAGACCGGUCAUUUAGGCGUGGGUAGGAGUGAGACUUUACAGAGACAGUUUAUAAAGACCAGGUAGGGAUUGGA